AUGCCGAAGCGAGAAGUCAUUUCAAUCCAUGUCGGCCAGGCUGGUGUCCAGAUGGGUAACGCCUGCUGGGAGCUCUACUGCCUGGAGCACGGCAUCAAGCCCGACGGAACCAUGUCCGACGACUCCGUCUCGCAAAAAGAUGACUCCUUCUCGACUUUCUUCCACUCGACCGGCGCUGGAAAGCACGUCCCACGAGCCGUCAUGGUCGAUUUGGAACCAUCUGUCAUCGAUGCCGUUCGAUCCUCCGAGUACGCCAGGCUCUACCACCCUGAACAGCUCAUUACCGGCAAAGAAGAUGCCGCCAACAACUACGCCCGUGGCCACUACACCGUCGGCAAGGAAAUCAUCGACAAUGUCCUUGAUCGCAUCCGAAAGCUCUCCGACAACUGCACUGGUCUCCAAGGUUUCCUCGUCUUCCACUCCUUCGGCGGCGGAACUGGCUCUGGUUUCACUUCUCUCUUGAUGGAGCGACUUUCUGUCGACUACGGAAAGAAAGCAAAGCUCGAAUUCGCAGUCUACCCCGCUCCUCAGGUCUCCACCGCCGUCGUCGAGCCCUACAACUCCAUCCUCACCACCCACACCACUCUCGAGCACUCCGACUGCGCCUUCAUGGUCGACAACGAAGCCAUCUACGACAUCUGCCGCAACAACCUUGGCGUCCAGCGACCCAGCUACUCGAAUCUCAACCGAAUGAUCGGCCAGAUUGUCUCCUCCAUCACUGCUUCGCUCCGAUUCGACGGUGCUCUCAACGUCGAUCUCAACGAGUUCCAGACCAACUUGGUUCCUUACCCAAGAAUUCACUUCCCCUUGGCUACUUACGCCCCGAUCAUUUCUGCUGACCGAGCUGGACACGAACAGUUGUCUGUUGCCGAAAUCACCAAUGCUUGCUUCGAGCCACAGAACCAAAUGGUCAAGUGCGAUCCCCGACACGGCAAGUACAUGGCCUGCUGCCUCCUCUACCGAGGUGAUGUCGUCCCCAAAGACGUCAACGCUGCCAUCGCGCAAAUCAAGACCAAGCGAUCAAUUCAAUUCGUCGACUGGUGCCCAACCGGUUUCAAGGUCGGCAUCAACUACCAGAAGCCAACCGCCGUCCCCGGCUCCGACCAGGCCCCUGUCAACCGCGCAGUCUGCAUGUUGUCCAAUACGACCGCCAUCGCCGAGGCCUGGGCUCGAUUGGACCACAAGUUCGAUCUCAUGUACGCCAAGCGAGCUUUCGUCCACUGGUACGUUGGAGAAGGUAUGGAAGAAGGCGAGUUCGCCGAGGCCCGAGAAGACAUGGCCGCUCUUGAGAAGGACUACGAAGAGGUCGGACUUGACUCCAUCGAUGGCGAAGAAGACGAGGAAGAAUACUAA